UAGAAGACAAGAAUAAAAACGUCGCAUUGAACCUUGGAAACACGUACCCCCUGAAUGUGGGAGAUGAGGAAAGCGAAAAGUCUCAGAAUCGACGAGGCAGGAAUGAGAAUUUUCAAUCACGUGACCGGACGUUCGGAGCUUGGCCGAGGGAACGGAGGAAGCACGGCUAUACGUCGGACUGGUCUGGCUCCGGGUGUCCGCCUCCUGACAUGGCGCUCAACGGCUCCGGGUUGCCCCGAACUGUGGCGGACCGUCACCGCUCCGACUACAGAACGGAGGUCACGGAGGUCAAGUUCUCGGGGCAGAUCGGCCCGCUCGGGGAGAAGCGGCUUUGUAAGAUCAAGUGUAUUGGAGGCAACUGGGUCGGCCCCCUCUGCCAGAAUCAGGAAGAAGGGGGGCGCUACCGUCCGCUGUUCCGCGGCUGCCGAAUGGACUACGUGCCUCCACACCUCGUCGUCACGUACAGGAAUGUCACCAUCACAACGGAUCGACUGACGUUUCCGCACGGCGCCAUGGUGCUGGUACGCUGCCGAGAGCUCGGAGUUUACAAAUUGCUGGGGGAGUCCUCGCUUCAGUGCCAGAAUGGUGUGUGGACCCACCGACCGCCGGCCUGUAUUCCAACUACUAUGCUUACCAACUUCACCGAGGACUCUCCCCCAACGGUUCUGAUUAAAAUACCGUCGGGUUCCGCAUCUGUUGAACCGUCCGGGGACCUCGCCGUUUUCCCUGGUUCCAUUCUGCAUCUCGAGUGCCUCUUCUCUCGGAAGCUGGGCAACCCCGAGUGGACAUGGACCUCCACUUUCCGACAGUUUCUCACGGGGUGGGCGAUAGCGGCGGAGGAGCGGGAGUGGAAGUACCGGCUGUCCAUCUACUACACGAAGCCACAAGACUCCGGCGUGUUCACAUGCUCAACGCCAAGAGGCCUAACCAAUAGCAUCACAGUCCACGUUACGGCGGUCCACUGCGAGCCAAUGGAAAUCAAUGACCCUUACCUGACGUCACGCGUGGAAGGCACUCGACUGGGUCAAGUGGCAGUUUUCCAGUGCCCUAUUGGUUUCCGACUCAAUGGCACUUCUAACCUCACUUGCCAGGCUUCAGGACGGUGGUCGGCCCCAGUACCCUACUGUAUGCCCAUAAUAUGUCCGCGCCUGGAGACAGAGGACCCGCAUCUCUCGCUGGUGGAACACAACACGAGCUACGGAGGACGGGCCGUGUUCCGUUGCGCCUGGGGUUACAGGUUGACAGCGCCCCCUGGGAUCGAGUGUGAGGUGGAUGGACAGUGGUCCGGACCCGUGCCUUCUUGUGAGGCGGUGUUGUGCCCACCGCCCCUUCCUCCCGUCAAUGGGCGCCUGGUGGACGAGGGCCCGCACUACCAAGUCGGGUCGACUGUGCAGUUCACUUGCAACGAGCGCCAUCAGCUUGUCGGCGAGUCCAGCAUCGUGUGCACGGAAACCGGCUUCUGGUCACAUCCUCCACCGUUCUGCAAAGCACGCUGCCCUUAUCCAGGAGACCCGGAACAUGGAAGGAUCGCACCAGUCAAAUUCUCGUACGAACCCGGAGACCACCUGAAAGUGACAUGUGCUACGGGAUACGUGGUGAAGAUGGAGGCGCGAUCGCCACAGUGCCGUGUGGACGGAACAUGGUCCGAGAAAGUGCCGGAGUGCCGUUCCUAUCGUGAUGUCUGAUUGGACAAGAACCGGAAUCAGCGGUAAGACGAUACCAAGCGGCAUUAGGGGUGUAGAACCAACUCGCAUCAUCCAAUGUAAAGUACAGUGAUCUUGCAGAAUCAUUAGUGAUGAACAAUAAUUAACAAAAUAUAGUCCAGAAAAAUUGUAACAUUACUCAGUUUCUCUCGUAAUCGACUAAUAUUCUUGAAACACUUGAGAACUUGGAUAUGAAAUUGUUUAUAUUUAAUUUACAUAGAAUAUUUGAACUUCAAUAGAUUUAUAGAACAUAAGUUGUGUGUGAAUUUAUGCACACUAGGAGAAUGGAAAUAUGCUGGGCUCUGAGAAACCAGAAUUGAGUAACAAGAUUUAUUGGCUCAUGGCAAUAAUCUAAGUGGUGCAGCAGUUUUUAUCCUACAGUAAUCUCUUUUUGCAGGAUCUGUUUUAAGACAUGAAAAUUUGAAUAUUCGCUUCAGUUCAAGAGAGACAUUUGCAGAACAAAAUAAGCGAAUUAACUUUUUACUGCAUACAUUUUGUCUGCUUCAUAUUUUGUAGGCUUAAAUUACAACAGUUCUGCACAGUUGCUCUGAUUUUCAUUAUUGAGAUAUCUGAAGUGUCCCUAAUGAUAACUUGGUCCUCAUUACUAGACAAUGACCAUAGGUACAUACCAUUUCUGUAUAGUAAGUACAUGUAACAUGGAGCUAAACAUGCACAGUGCAGACCAUCACUGUAUCUGCUGUAAUUUGUUCAAAAUAGUUCAUUUACCUCAAAACUGAAAGCCUGUUACAGAUAUGCUAGUGAUUACUGGUAACAACUCUAUUGAACAAUCCUUAAUCUUCAAGUGAAUGUUCCAUUAUUUAUAUUACAAAGGACACGAGUUAGGUUCACAUUACCAAUUAAGUUGUAUGUGUUUUAGUACAGUGAAUGAAUUUGGUCCACACAUAUAUAUAUAAUUAUACUUCUUUCAUUGUAAUUUUAACAUAUUUACUUAUUUUCGCAGGAGUGAAGUCAGUUAUGUAGUACAUAUAAAAGUAUAAACACAGAAAAUAGUUUUUGAAGCACAAAAUUUACAUUUUCCCAGUCCAAGUUGUAAGAGAGGCCUACAUAUUCCAUAAAAUUUGAUUUUAAAAUAUGAGAAUAUUUCAUUUUCAUUUUAUACUUUUUUAUUCCAGCUUUUAAUUUAAUGUAAUUUAUUUACAUGCAUACCGAAGUCAUAGCAUGAUCGAGCUAGAUGGAUGGACAUUGUAGAUAGAUUGUAUUAAUUCUAUGGACACUGGAAAAGUCACUGUACAAAUAAACUCGAUAAGCAAGCCAGAAAAGCCCAAGCACAAGGCACGAUUCACAUAAAUUUUCAUAAAUGUCAAAUUCGUUAUAGUUAGUCCACAUUGAGUAUUACAGUUCCAUAAAUAAUGUAACAAGCUGCUGUUAAUUACAUAAAGUGUACAAAUUAUUCAGGAGAGUAGGAGAUAUAUGACAAUGACAGUUCAAAUUGUCUUCUGUUAUUUGACAGGCUUUCAAUUCCUACUGGGAGCUUGCUAUACAAUUUAAUUGCUGCAUAGUGUACAACCUUUUUGAAUACUGUCUGUGAAGAUCAUGUCUGUGCUUCGUGUUCACUUCAUGAAACUUUGAAUUUGUUAAAGAAAUUUCAUAAUUAUAAAUUUUAAGUGUCAUUAAAUUAAAUGUAUACUCAGACUGAAGUUUUAGUAUGCAGAAUCUCUUAUAUAAAUAUUUAUUUGACACAUUUCUCUGAGGACUAAACAUAAUUCUGAUUAUUCUUUCCUGCAGAAGGAAUACUUUACUAGGUGCAUUAUUAUUAUUAUUGAAUUUCCGUAGGAUAUUGCACCCUAUAGCAUGAAUGAGUGGAAAAAACAAAGUAGACUUACUGUCCUUGGAAAGUCUACAUUGGGAAUAUGUUACUCAUUGAAUCAUUUUUUGAUCUCAAGUUAUCUUUAUAGUUUUAAUAACAAGUUCUUUGUUUUGAUUAUAAUGUUUAAAUUUUAUAAACCUAUAAUUUUGUUAUACUGCGUAUAUAAGUCUGUAUACAUCUGGUGUGGUUAGAAGUAGGCCUAAUUGUCAAGUUGGCAGUGUUCCUUGAUAGCCCAGUUUUUGCCAAGAAGACCCAUAAAGAAAUGAGAAUCAGCAGUUAAUUUCUCACGAGUCUGAAAAUUCUAAAAUGUGAAUAAUAAAUAAAAUUUAUGAAAUAAUACAGGACACUGGGAAGUGAUAUUAACCUUUCUGCAGAAAAAUUGUUUAGUUGUCCCUAGUAUAAUAUUAUUCCUGCCCUCUCUUGACAUGUACUAAGGCUGAAUCUACUGAUAUCUUGCACUUCACUAAGCCUCAUGGCCUCAAAUUCAACAAACAUUUGUUGUCCAGUGUUUAAUUUUUGUUCCUUUUCCAUUCCUUAGUUAAUGUCAGAAACAUUUCUGUCACUCACACUGAAAUUUAUGUUACUAAAUACCAAACAGAAAAAUCUUCAAUUUUUUCAGCAAUAGGCAACAAAAUCAGAAAAAAAUGUCUGUGAUUUCCAAUUCCAUUUCCAUAGAGCAACAACAAUCUUCGAAAUCUCAAAUUUUAGUGCGGGAGAGAAAAAUCCUGUGAUUUGCUUUAUUAUUGAGAAUUUAUGAUUGAGGUUUAUGAUUGAUGAUUUAUAAUGAGGCCACAAAUGAAACCCUUCUUAAUUAUUAUAUAGUGAUGGCCAUAUCAUUAUGUGGGUCACCAAUAAUUGCAAGUCACCGAUGACUAUCAAAAACGUCCUUUAUUCUUAACCCCUAGACUAAUUUUGAACCAAAUAUCGGUUUAUAUUGCUGCAACUUGUUGGAGGUGGCGCAGGUUGUACAAUACAUUUUAUCUUCACCACAAUUAUCAUGUCUUUUGUAGUUUAAUUCACAACACUAUCAACAUCUAGAGUACAUACUGCUGCAUGGUAGGAGGGUGAUGAAUGCUCAAAUGGGAAGUAUCUCGAAAAGAGCAGUCAAGGUCUGAGCAAGGUACUGUCCAGUCAUGUGCUUGGAAUGACUAUGUAAAACUGAAAAUCUCAGGAUUAGCAAUAUCUUGAAGAGAUGCCUGCCAAAAAUGAGUCAAGGGCAUUAUCACUUUGCCUUCCCACGAGGAAUUAAAUUGUUUGUGAGUUGAAUUAACUGAAUUCAUGAGCCAGAAUUCAGAAAAUACACAAGAAUUUUUUGUCUUUUUUAAAUACAUCGCCCUUGUCUGAAUGUUCUUCUUUCCAUUGAAUUUAUCAUUAAAAGAAAUGAAGAUAUUUAUGACAAUGUGUUAACUCUGCAUUAGGAAAUUUAUUCCAAUGAAUUACAUAAAAUGACAACUUCAGCAUCAAGGUAAGUUACUGAUUUAUAAUUCUGUUUAUAUCUGUUUCGACUGAGCAGCUUAUAUUAUUUGUUUAUAUACGCAUCAU